GUCCGCCGCUUUUGACAUUUGGCCAGCUGUUCGCAUUCGCGCACUCGUUCUAGGAAAGGCCUGUCUCCCGUCCAAUCAGUCGCUGUUUGAGUUUCGGCGGUCGCGAUAGGGACUUGAGUUCCCUCCUUGAUGAUCCAGGGACGGAACUUUGAGAUUGCUCACUCGACGGCGCGUUCCUCGUCAGUCUCCUGUGCCGCGAUUAUUAUGUAAAGUCAAUGAGGGCCGUUAUGUAAGGACGAGUGCGGGGCGCGUGCGGUAGGUGUUGGUGAGCUGUGCACAGUGUACCGAAAUAUGUUUAUUUGAGCGAGUGUGGUGCAAACUGCAAAAUGGCGGACUUAGAGGCAGUGCUGGCCGAUGUCAGCUAUCUCAUGGCCAUGGAGAAGAGCAAGUGCACACCAGCUGCCAGGGCCAGCAAGAAGAUCGUGCUGCCCGACCCCAGCGUUCGCAGCGUGAUGCACAAGUAUCUGGAGAAGAAGAACGAGGUGAACUUUGACAAGAUCUUCCAUCAAACAUUAGGCUAUCUGUUAUUUAAGGAUUUUUGCGAGAAUUUGUCGGAAGUUCCCGUGCCUCAGCUUCGCUUUUAUGAAGAGAUAAAAUCGUACGAAAAGCUAGAAAGUGCCGAGGAGAGGAUGAAGCAAGCGCGCGACAUCUACGACAACUUCAUCAUGAAGGAGCUCCUGGCGCGGUCUCACGACUACUCCAAGGAGUGCCUCCAGCACGUCCAGAAGCACCUAAUGAAGAACGACGUUCCCGUCACACUGUUUGAGCCUUACAUAGAAGAAAUUUAUAACCAUUUAAGGGACGAACCGUUCAAGAAAUUUUUAGAAAGCGAAAAAUAUACGAGGUUUUGCCAAUGGAAAAAUUUGGAACUGAACAUACAACUGACUAUGAACGACUUCAGCGUGCACAGGAUAAUAGGCAGGGGCGGCUUCGGGGAGGUUUACGGUUGUCGGAAGGCCGACACGGGCAAAAUGUACGCGAUGAAAUGUCUAGACAAGAAAAGGAUCAAAAUGAAACAAGGGGAGACUUUGGCGUUAAACGAACGCAUUAUGUUGUCCCUUGUAAGCACAGGACAGGAUUGUCCGUUUAUAGUUUGUAUGACGUAUGCGUUUCACACGCCCGAUAAGCUCUGUUUCAUAUUAGAUUUAAUGAAUGGCGGCGAUUUGCAUUAUCAUUUGAGCCAACACGGCGUCUUCAACGAGUCUGAAAUGAAAUUCUACGCGGCCGAAGUGAUAUUAGGUUUGGAACAUAUGCAUAGGAGGUAUAUUGUAUAUAGAGAUUUAAAACCUGCAAAUAUUCUAUUAGACGAACAUGGCCAUGUUCGGAUAUCUGAUUUAGGUCUAGCCUGUGAUUUUUCAAAAAAGAAACCCCACGCCAGUGUAGGAACUCACGGUUACAUGGCACCGGAAGUGCUCUCAAAAGGCACAGCGUACGAUUCCAGUGCCGACUGGUUCAGUUUCGGAUGUAUGUUGUACAAAUUAUUGAAAGGACAUUCGCCGUUCCGCCAACACAAAACCAAAGACAAGCACGAAAUCGACAGGAUGACGCUAACAAUGAACGUCGAACUUCCCGAUUCGUUUAGCAAAGAAUUGAAGUCGCUCCUCGAGGGUUUACUCCAGCGAGACGUCGACAAAAGACUGGGUUGCAAAGGCAACGGGGCCGACGAGGUCAAGGAGCACCCCUUUUUCGCCGGCAUCGACUGGCAGCAGGUCUACCUCCAGAAGUACACCCCUCCUUUAAUUCCCCCAAGGGGCGAGGUGAACGCGGCGGACGCCUUCGACAUCGGCUCCUUCGACGAGGAGGACACCAAGGGGAUCAAGCUCACGGACGCCGACCAGGAACUCUACAAAAACUUCCCCUUGGUGAUUUCCGAGCGGUGGCAAAACGAAGUCGCCGAAACCGUCUUCGACACGAUCAACUACGAGGCCGACCGAGCCGAAAACAAGAAAAAAGCCAAACAGAAGAAACUCUUCGACCUGGACGAAAAAGAAUCGGACUGCAUUUUGCACGGCUAUAUUAAGAAAUUAGGCGGGCCGUGGAUGUCCAGCUGGCAGAUGAGGUAUGCAAAGCUGUACCCCAACAGGUUGGAACUGCACCCGGAUUCGGCGAAACCGGAAAUGGUCUUCAUGGAUCAAGUCGAGGAAGUUAGUCCCGAGCUGGUGCAAGUGAAAAAUGAAAAUUGCAUCGUUGUCAGGAUGAGGGAUGGGAAGAUUGUCCUCACGAAUACGGACGAAAUAGGCCUAAAAGAGUGGCUUACGUCCCUGAAGUCUGCUCACAAGUUGUCUCAGGAGCUGUUGGGGUCGAUGGCGAAGAAAGCCGGCAAGAUCUACGGGACGGACUCGAACAAUAAAAAUGCGAUAAUAGCGGCACAUCGUAACACAAACGGUAACUAAAUUUGUGGAGGAUCAAACCUUGUCCUGCAAUGAAAUAGCCGAUGCGGGCUACAAGCAUUUCGCGAAGAUUUAUCGUUUCUUGCAAUGUCUUAGGCACUAUUGUUGUUGCUCCCUAUUUUAUUUGUUAGGUUUUUUAUGUUUUAAUAUACAGUUAAGAGGAAUAACCGAUUAUUUAUCGACGCAACAUUUAUAUAUUGAGAUGCGUUGCGGUCUUGUAAUAACUUAAAUUCAUGACAAAGUGUAUUGUAUUAUUGUUAUUUAUAUUAUUUAUGCCACUAGAUUUUGCUUUGAGCAGGUACUUGUUAUAACGGUAGUUUAUCACCUUUUUUGAAUAUAUUUAUUGAGGCUGUUCUGGGAAUGUGGCGAAAAAAAGGAGCGCACAUUCCACUCGAUUUUCACAAAUCUAGUCAAGCACAGGAUAACAAAAUACAAUCAAAACCAUUUUUGAGGGCUGUUCAAGCGCAUUUUCAGGACAGUUUCGUUAUUAUUUUUGA